GGAUUUCUUCUCUGACACACAGCUCUUUUGAACUUUGCUCCUCUUUCAGUUAGUGGCUGUCUAAUUCAGGGCUGAACUGCACCAUUUUACUGUUGCACAAAAUGGCAUUUAUCCAUGUUCAAGUUUGUUGUAUCAUGCUGCUGAAGGACGAAGUGUUGUGUAUACAUUCCUGAAACAGUUUCUGUUGUGUCUGUGAGGCAGGUUGAAGGGUACAGACAUGCCUUCAUCUCUUUUUAUUGUUCUCCCAUGUUCAAACUGCUUUUUGUGAAAGGUAGCUGGUGGCAUGCACACUGACAAAAGGUAGACUGGGCUGAAUCUGUCUGGUUUUAGUACAGGGAUGGAUCGCUUUUGGGGUUUUGUCAAGCAAAUAAGGCGUUCCAGGAGAAGGAAAGGCAAAAAGUACUGUCCAGAGGAAGACUAUCAUGAAGGCUACGAGGAUGUGUAUUAUUAUGCUUCAGAACAUAUGCACAAUGACAGUCCUUAUACAAAAUCUACAAAUCAAACAAAAUCCUCAGGUGAAACUUUGGCAGUACGAAGACAGAGCAUUCCAGAUGAAUUCAGGGGCUCAACAAUGAUUGAACUGAUGAAAAAAGAAGGUACUACUAUGGGUCUUACUGUAUCAGGUGGAAUUGAUAAGGAGGGGAAGCCAAGAGUAUCUAAUCUUCGGCAAGGAGGAAUAGCUGCCAGAAGUGACCAGUUAAGCAUAGGAGACUACAUUAAAUGUGUGAAUGGAAUAAACCUGACAAAACUUCGACAUGAUGAAAUCAUCAGUCUUUUGAAGAAUGUGGGAGAGCGAGUGGUUCUUGAAGUCGAAUAUGAACUUCCUCCAGUCUCUGUACAGCGCUCUGGUAUCAUAUCUAAAACAGUGGAAGUAACUUUACAAAAAGAAGGAAACACCUUUGGAUUUGUAAUAAGAGGCGGAGCACAUGAGGUCAGAAACAAAUCCCGUCAACUUGUAAUAACAUGUGUUAGGCCUGGAGGGCCUGCCGACAGAGAAGGCACAAUUAAGCCAGGUGACAGGCUGUUAAGCAUUGAUGGAAUUCAUCUCCGUGGAACAACACAUCCUGAUGCUAUGAGCAUUUUAAAACAGUGUGGGCAGGAAGCAACUCUGCUAAUAGAAUAUGAUGUAUCAGUAAUGGAUACAGUUGCAAAUGCUUCAGGAUCACUGCUUGUGGAAGUUGCCAAAACCCCUGGUGCAAACCUUGGUGUAGCAUUAUCUACCUCAACAUAUUGUAACAAAAAUGUAAUUGUUAUAGACAAAAUAAAGCCAGCAAGUAUUGCUGACAGAUGUGGUGCAUUACAUGUUGGAGACCAGAUUAUUUCUAUUGGUGGCACUACUUUGGAGUAUUGCACUUUGGCAGAAGCAACUCAGCUACUCGCUAGUAUUUGUCAUCUAGUCAAAAUGGAGAUCCUGCCACACCAUCAGACUUGUCUGGCUAUCAAAGGACCAGACCAAAAUAAAAGAUGUGAAAACUCAUUAGUUUCAGCAUCUUAUUCUUCUACUUCCAUGAGUGCAUAUAGCCUUAGUUCACUUAAUAUGGGGACCCUGUCUCGUAAUUUUUAUCCAAGCAGUCCACGUGGAACCCUGGUGAGAAGAAAAAUGAAGAAGAAAGACUAUAAGAGCACUUUGUCUUUGACAUCCAGCACAGUGGGAUUAUCGGGUCAUGUUGUACAUCCUGAAACUACACAGUUAACCUUGACUGCUGACCCUCUCACAGGCUUUGGCAUCCAGCUCCAAGGCAGUGUGUUCACUACAGAAAGCUUAUCUUCUCCACCACUGAUUUCAUAUAUUGAACCUAACAGUCCAGCAGAGAGGUGUGGCUUGCUGCAAGUGGGAGACAGACUUCUUGCAAUUAAUGGAAUUUCAACAGAGGAUGGAACCCUUGAGGAAGCUGACCAGCUGCUUCGAGACUCUCGUAUCACAAGCAAAGUCACUCUGGAAAUAGAGUUUGAUGUAGCAGAAUCUGUUAUAGCAAGCAGUGGCACAUUUCAUGUGAAGUUACCAAAGAAACACAACGCAGAGUUUGGCAUCACUGUACGGUCUCCUUCAAACCGGAAGCCUGGGGACCCACUAAUAAUUUCAGACAUCAAAAAAGGGAGCGUCGCUCAUAGAACUGGAACGCUAGAGCUGGGUGACAAACUACUUGCCAUUGAUAACAUUCGUUUGGAAAACUGUUCUACAGAAGAUGUUGCUCACAUCCUUCAGCAGUGUGACGAUGUCGUAAAACUGAAAAUUCGCAAAGAUGAAGACAAUUCAGAUGAACAGGAGAGCAGUGGAGCAGUUAUUUAUACAGUUGAACUGAAACGUUUUGGAGGACCUUUGGGGAUCACAAUUUCAGGCACUGAGGAACCAUUUGACCCAAUAGUUAUCUCAAGUCUUAGCAAAGGAGGUUUGGCAGAAAGAACUGGUGCAGUUCAUGUUGGAGACAGAAUAUUAGCAAUAAAUAACAACAGCCUGAAAGGUAAACCUCUGAGCGAAGCCAUCCAUCUUUUACAGAUAGCUGGAGAAACUGUUACUUUGAAAAUAAAGAAGCAAACAGACGCAUCGAGCCCAAACAAAUCUUCAGUCUCUGGACAUAUUAGUGAGCCGAGUGAUGUUGAAGAUGAUGUCUCAUCAAUACCAAAGUCCCACAAAUAUUCAGAUAUCUAUUCAGUCACCAUUCCAAGUGCAGACAGUGCUGUAGAUUCAUGGGAUGAGUCUGGAAUUGAUACUGGUGAUGGAAGUCAAGGGCCAUGUUCCCAAGCUUCUGGAUACAGCUUUCAUGCUCAAGAAUGGAGAAAUAUAAAGUACAGAGGCCAUCUGUCACCAAUCGGCAAGCAACAUUCCAGUCCUUAUCAUGACAAAGGGCUGAGUGAUGAUGACUGGGCCAUUCAUAAUGCAAGUGGCUAUACAACUGGCCAUGAACGUCCAGAGGAGACUUUGUGGUCCCAAGCUCUGGAAGAUUUGCAAACUUGUGAACAUCCAAGAGUUCUGAGAGAUCUAGAGUCAACGAUUAUGUCUGGAAGUACAUGGAGUCACAGUCUUAAAAGUCGACAGCCCCGUAGUCAUCUUGGAAGGCAAGCAAGCUUUGUGGAGAGACGCACCAAGCAAUUGCAUUACAGCCAGCCAGCUCGAAGCAAUACUUUACCUUUAGAUGGUGGAAGGAAGUCAGUGACCUUAAGAAAAAUGAAACAAGAAAUUAAAGAAGCUAUGUCACCAACUCCUAUGGAGUUACUCAAGGUCACACUAUAUAAGGAUUCCAACAUCAAUGAUUUUGGAUUCAGCAUUUCAGAUGGUUUAUUAGAGAAAGGUGUAUAUGUGAGCAACAUUAGACCAAAUGGACCAGCAGAUCUUGGAGGCCUGAAGCCGUAUGACAGAAUAUUGCAGGUAAACCAUGUUCGUACGAGAGACUUUGACUGCUGUUUGGCAAUGCCUCUGAUAGCAGAAUCCAGCAGUAAACUUGACCUUGUAAUUUGCAGGAAUCCACUGGCUUCCGAAAAAACAGCUAUAAAUCAUGAACAAAGCAUUGCUUUUCCACAGAAAAUUCAGAGACUUCCUGAUCGAGAGAUACUAGAGCCUACCGGUACUUUGUAGUAGUGUUCCAUUCUAAACAACUGUUCUUUAUAUUAUCGAUCGCAUCCUGAACUACCAGUACUAACAGUAUUUGUUACAUUCUUGGACAAACUGUUGAAGAAAAACAGAAGUCUACCUGGUGCUAAAUAUCCUGUAGUCCUUACAGCUGGCAAGAAAGACACAUAUGACAUAAUUUGUCAUGGACCAGCAUGGGGAAACUCUUUAAAUACAAAAUUACUGGUAUUUUUGGAGGUUUGAAUUCAUGGAGCUAUGACAUUUAAUGUCUGAAAUAUUGUGUAUGCAUCUCAACUAAAUGACAGGCAUUAUUAAUUGCUUAAAAAUCUUUCAGACAUCAGUGGAAAGUAUGGGCAAUGAGUAUAUUCUCUUUGAAAUUUUCUUGAUUAUUCAAGUAAAAUUCUUUUCUAAAAAAGCAAUAGACUAUGAAUGGCCUUCAAAUGUAUAAGCUGUAUUUAUUCAUAAAUUUUAUUAAUAAAAAUGUACCAUCAUUUUUAUUGAUACGUUUUAUUAAUAAAUACUGAUUACAUGUAUCAAAGCCAUUCAAAGUGUAUCUUUUUUUUUAGUUUGCUAUUUUACACUAUCAUACAACAUAUGGCAGUUUUUUUUUUUUUGGGGGGGGGUAAAAUUGUGUUCUAUGUAUAACAGAUUUAUCUCCCUUAACACUAAUGAGGGGCAUGGGAAAAAGUGCCAAGGAAACUUUUAAUACUGAUAAUGGUGGUUUUGGUUGAUGCAAAUUUCUGCUAUAGAAUCUCAGGACAGAAACUACAGUAAACAUGAAAAAAAUGUGUCAGGUUUUAUAACAGUGUAACAGUGUACUUACUUCAUCUUGGAAGUUUAAGUCAGAAUGCUGCCUUAGUAUAUGUUGCACACAGCAUACUUAGUCUGUAUUUGAAUGGUUUAUUUUCCUUCACUUUUUGUCUGUCUGUGUUAAGGUGGUGUGUCAUAGUAAAACAAGUCCAGUGGUCUACCAGUUAUAAGAAAGCUCCAUUCACAACUGCAAUAGAAAAGCACCCCAUGAUUAUGGUAUAGAAUGAAUGUUAACUAUUGUAAUUAAAAUGUCUGCAGUGCAAGCUGUCUUCUAAAUUCCUCAAAAUGCAUUUAUUUUAUGGAAUAUUCCAUCUUGUGCAAACAUGGAACUUUACUUUGAAAAUAUAUUACUAGGUUCAUGAUGCUGCAGGUGAAAGUGAAGGAAGAGACAGUUGUACAGAGACUUACUUACAAGUUGUCUUACGCAAAUUUAAUCUCUGGAGUUUAAGUCCACCUACCAGAGAAAAUUCUAUAAGGAAACAUAUGUAUGUAAUAGCUGAGUACAUGGCAUAGGUGGGAAGUCCAGUGUGGGAAUGUUGUACAAAUGUAUUUUUUUCCAUGUCAGCAACCAUCUGAUUCCAUAUGCUACAGUAUUUGCAGGUUGUUUUGCUUUUUCAAUUUUAUGAAACACAACUGCUUUUUGUGAAUUGCUGGAGAUUGUUAUGUUCUUGAUAAAGUGCAUGGCCUAAAACUAUUUAAUCUGGUAACAUACCCAAACCCUCUUCUUGUUAUUAAUGUAUAAAUUGGAGUAAUCUGUAAUGAUUGGAAAGAAACAUAUUGUGGUUGAUUAGCACUAUAAGAAAACUUUCAUUUAUUAAUUGUGACUUGAUUAAUGUGUUGUUAAAUGUGUUAAUACUUUACUCAGGAUUUCAGUUUUUGUCACACCCUCAUUCCAUCAAUAGUAAGGGAGAGAGAAUACCUUUAUGUGUCUUCAUGAAAGAAAGACUUAAUGUACAUUCAAGUCACAUGGCCCUCAAAUUCUGUAAACCACUGAUGGGUUUCACAAACCAUCAGCAGAUACAUUCAGUACUUAGUUCUAAUUAAUGUAAAUUAGUGAUAACCAUUUACACUGGAGUUUUUUCCAUUUUUGUCAAUGAUAUUUGCUUUUUAAUAUUACUUGUUAUAUAUUUUCUAAAAAAAAAAAACAAGCAAAAUAACUGCAAAUAUCAAGAGGGGGUUUGUGUCGAUUAAAGCAAUAAAGCACUUCCAGCAUUGUUUUGUAGUAAGAGAAAAUAUUAAGCUUCUGUACUUAAACUUCCAUAUGUUUAUGGGCUGAUUUACCAUGUAAUAUACCUGGUACAGUGUACUUAUAUAAUUACUUUUACAUUUUUUGUUAGUCAUUUUGUCUAGUUUCAUUAAGAAGUAAUAUAUAAAGUUGUUUUGUAAGUUAUUAUGUAUUUUUGUUAUAUGUACUAGUUCUGUUACAGUUGCAAUGUCAUUUAAGUUACAUUUCAGCACUGCCAUGGAUAAGAAGUUUUUUAAACUCCGAACAAUGUCAUCAUAAACUGUCUUAAACUGAUUUUUAUUUGUGGGAAGUAAACUGUAAAGUAUUUUUGUACUCAUUUAAUACUUUGAUAGCAUGAUGUUUGCCAUCACUAUUUUGGAGGGGCUUUACUUUUAUCUAUUACAGAUAUUGGUAUGGGAAGUACUGAAUAAUAGCAUCAAAAAGCCAACUGUAUAGGCUCAAAGGCACAUAAUAAAAGCCAAA